UAAAACAAAAAAUUAUUUUUUAAUAAAUAAAAAAGUUUCAUAAUAACUUAGAAAAAAGAAAACGCCUAUAAAUAGAGACGAAUAGCCACAUAAUGCACCAUGCUCAUUUAAGCUUACCAAUGGCAGCUGCCACCUUCUUUCUUCUUGUGACAAUCUUUCUUUCCUCCACCUGCAUUAAUUUUGCUGUAAUAGCCACUACUCCUUUACCGAAAUUUCCAGCCAUCUUCGGCUUUGGUGAUUCUAUUUUGGAUACUGGCGACAACAACUAUAUCAGGACACAAAUCAAGUCUAAUUAUAGACCUUAUGGUCAAGAAUUCCCGAAUGGCAUUCCGACAGGAAGGUUUUCUAAUGGAAGACUUAUUCCUGACAUGCUAGCUUCCAUUCUUGGAAUCAAAGACACUCUUCCUCCAUUCCUGCAACCUAAUCUUUCAAAUGAUGAUCUCACUGCUGGUGUUAAUUUCGCAUCAGCUGCAGCAGGAUUCGAUGCUAAAACAAGUGUAUUCACCAAGGCUAUUCCAUUUUCAAAGCAAAUUGAUUUGUUCAAGGACUAUCUAGCGACGCUUAAAGGAGUUGUUGGAGAAGAGAAGGCUAUGAAAAUAAUCAAUGAUGCCUUAAUGGUUGUAACAGGUGGAAUAAAUGAUUAUACUUACAAUAUGUAUGACUUUCCUACUCGAAGGUUAGAGUUCACUCCAAGGCAGUAUGGAGAUUUUCUACUUAAUAACUUUCAGAACUUCACCAAGGAAUUAUACAAUCUUGGGUUUCGGGCGAUGCUUGUAAUAGGGCUUCCUACAGUUGGCUCCUACCCUUUCAGACCAGUAUAAGACUUGCCAAUCCAUUCGCACUAAGAUACAGCUUGGAGGAGCAGAAUGAAAUUUCUGUAUAUUAUAAUCAAAAGCUUAUUAUCACAUUAAGCAAACUGCAACAAACUCUUCCGGGGAGUAAAAUUGUCUAUAACAACUUACGUCUAUAUCCAUCCAUCAAAGCCAUUGCACAUAUAAGCUGGAGUUCAACUUUUAACAAGGUAAUUAGAUUUGGUAAGUGAUGAGAGAAUAUAAUUAAUGUGUAUACAUGUGCAGGUUUUGUGGAAACAAAAGACGGAUGUUGUGGAAGUGGGUUAUUGGAGCAAAAUUCUUUGUGCGAUCCAGCGACUCCACCAUGUCAACAGCCUGCCAAGUUCGUAGUUUGGGAUAGGAUUCAUCCUAUUUUAGCUGCUUAUCAAUACCUUCUCAAUUCUGCAGUGCAAAAUGUUCUUCCCAAAUUCCUCUAGAAUCACUGCCUUAUUGGGAUUCUGUACUCGUAUACAAUAUGUCUUGUAUUUCAUGCAAUUUACCAAUAAACUUAUAACCCUAUUUUUACUCUUCUCCUUUUCUAAAUAAAAUUUUCCCAGUUUUAUUCCCUGGUACUUAGUAUUACCUUUGCAUUUCAAGAUAAUUUAUUCAUGAAAGGAAA